GCGACUUCCCCUUGUGGUGCUUUCAGGAAAAAUGGCGGACGGUAUGAAUGUUGGAGUGAAUUUGGAAGCUUUUUCACAAGCUAUCAACGCAAUUCAAGCUCUCCGCUCUAGUGUAACGAGAGUUUUUGACUCGCUGAAGGAUGGGAUGAAGAACAAGGAUACUCUGGAGGGAAGAGAGAAGGUUUUCAUCACCGAAUUUCAGGACAACUUGCAGUCAGUCAACCGCGACUUGAAUGAGUUGGAGCGUUUGAGUACCCUGGUGGGCCGUCCUUCUGAGAGCCACCCCCUCCACAACAGCGGCCUGCUGAGCCUGGACCCCGUGCAGGACAAGACCCCCCUCUACAGCCAGCUGCUGCAGGCAUACAAGUGGUCCAACAAGCUGCAGUACCACGCCGGAUUGGCCAGCAGCCUCCUCAACCAGCAGUCACUCAAGCGUUCGGCCAAUCAGAUGGGACCCUCGGCCAAGAGGCGGCCCAAAGUCCAGCCCAGCGCCCUCGUCUUACCACCACAGUAUGUCGAUGAUGUCAUCACUCGUAUCGGCCGCAUGUUUCCGGACAUGAGCAUAGAACUCUUCAGACCCAACGGAACCUCCGCCGUGCUGCUGGUGACGCUGGGGAAGGUUCUGAAGGCGAUCGUGGUGAUGAGGAGUCUGUUUAUCGACCGCACCAUCGUGAGGGGAUACAACGAAGACGUCUACUCAGAGGACGGCAAGCUGGAUAUCUGGUCCAAGUCCAACUACCAAGUCUUCCAGAAGGUAACUGACCAUGCCACUACAGCUCUGCUCCACUACCAGCUGCCCCAGAUGCCUGAUGUGGUCGUGCGCUCUUUCAUGACGUGGUUGCGUAGCUACAUCAAGCUGUUCCAGACUCCGUGUCAGCGUUGUGGUCGCUUCCUGCAGGAGGGGCUGCCCCCCACCUGGAGAGACUUCAGGACCCUCGAGGCCUUCCAUGACAUGUGCAGACAAUAACACACAC